AGAUAGUUUUAAAUUUUUUUGACUAAUAGUGUUUAUAUAUAAUUUAUUAUUAUUAGAUAAAUAUUUUUAAAUACUAAAAAACACUAAUGUUCAAAUCAAAUAUUUUCACUAAACACAUAUUCAAAAUUUCAUAAAUAAAUAAGUUAGCAAAAAUAUUUGAGAAUCCUGGGCAAACUCUAACUAAAAGAGCGGGGCGGGGGGCAUAGAUAGAUAUAUAUAUAUAUAUUGCGGUGAUUGGGAGACAAAAACCCGAAAAGAUCAAACCCCCAUUUGUGUGUAAUCAAAUCAAUCUCUCCCCUGCAAAUAUUUCAUGUCCAUCUUGCCCUCUCAUUCCCAUACUGACAAUCAUACAGCAGCAUCGUCAUCUUCAAUCUCUACAAACCCUAACUCCAAUCAUGGAUCCGAACACCAGCAGCAAUACGGCCCUUCCCACAACUUGUCAGGAAACAUGGUUACCCCUGCAUAUCCCUCCUCUACUGGUUCCUCCAAAAAGGUGAACGACUCCAGUAGCAGUCGACACGGCCGCCAUAACCCUCCUCGAGAUAGGAACACUGCUGCCCGCUCAGCUCCAAGAAGAAACCACAUGGUUAGUGGAAACCACUUGCUCAAUUUUCACUAUGAUCCCAUUUCUCGUCCACAAUCUAGGCUGCGCCUCCCUCCUCCAAGGAGAGGAGGAUACCUCAAGAGAAAACCUUACAACAAAGACUUGUUUCUUCAAGCAAAUUACAAGUUUGUUCUCUUGGAUUCUGGCAAUUACGCCCCUCACUCCUCAAUCGAUCCGGACAAAAUGUUACAGUGGGAGGAUAUUGUUUGUGUCAGAUAUUCCACUCCAUUUCAUGUGCAGUGCCCCAUAUGCUUAGAGGAUCCCCUCUGUCCUCAGAUAACUUCAUGUGGUCAUAUCUUUUGUUUCCCAUGUAUUAUGCAAUAUUUUAUCAUCUCCGAAGAAGAUGACCAUAAGGACGAUUUCAAGAAGAAAUGCCCCUUGUGCUUUAUGAUGAUAUCUUCAAAGGAUUUGUACACCAUUCAAAUUGAGAACGUUAAGCAACAUCGUGUCGGUGAUGUCAUUGAAUUUUCCCUCUUAACCCGUAACAAGGAUUCGUUUACUUUAUCGUUGAAAAAUAAUGAUGGCAUUGUUGGUGGAGAGGAGGUUCAAAAGUCGUUUUCAAAAUUCACAUUUACGUCAGAUGUUGACCUCUCUGUCCGAGAGGCAAUGUCUGAUCUUGAUAGUUGGUUAGCUAGAGCAGAUUCAGGCUUAGUUGAUGACAUGGAAAAACUUCCCUUUGUCUGCGCUGCAAUGGAACAAUUGGAGCAGAGGAAGAAGUACUGGAAUAUGCAACAUAUUGCUGUCCAAAACCGCAAAUCUGACGAAGAUAAUUGUUUUGAUAAGUGCUCUUAUAGUUCUCAGGCAACAGAAAGUGUUCAGGCCCAUUCUGCUGGUCAAUCUACUCCUGAAAUGGCAUCCAGUCAUCCAAAUGAUAAGCCAAUAUUGCAGGAGAAGUCAACUCUCAAUAAGAUAGCGAGGGACUCUCAGUUUGUUCAAGCUGCAGAUUUUGAAUCACUUGAAGAUUGUAUUGGAUCUUCAUUGUCUUUAUAUGACUAUAACAAGAGCCUACAGAAAGACACUAUUGGCAUUACGAAUAGAGAAGAAAUCAGUUCCUACAGUUUCUACCAGGCAGUUGAUGGUCAGCACCUUAUCCUUCAUCCACUGAACAUGAAGUGCCUUCUGCAUUACUAUGGUGGCUAUGAUAGUCUUCCUAACAGAAUCAGUGGAAAGAUAUUACAAAUGGAAUCUGUGACGCAAUCGGAGGCCAUGAGAAGGCGCUACCGCUUCCUAAGUCAUUUUUCUUUGACAACAACAUUUCAGCUCUGUGAAAUUGAUAUCAGCAAAAUGUUGCCCAUGGAUGCACUUUCUCCAUUUAUGGAGGAAAUCAAAAGUAGGGAAAAACAAAGGAAGUGGCUAGCUAGGAAGGAACGGCGUGAACAAGUUAAAGCUGAAGCCAUUGGCAUGCACUCAGAGCCUUUGCCCUUUAGCUUUUCAGAACCUUCUUUCACAGAAGAACCUAAUUUCACUAGCAAUGACUUCGAAGCUUUGGGAAGUACGAGUGUAACAUCAUCAAGCUCCCCAGUGCCUGGAGGCAAGCAGCUGUUCUCCAAUGUUGCAAGGCUUGGUUUUGCCGCUGGAUGUGAUCCUCCAGCGCUGAAAAUGGAUGAGUCCGCAUGUGAUUCUUCUGUGGCAGCUGGAACAAGGAGUCCUGGAAUCCCGUCCUUCGCAAAUGUAACAUCCAAAGCAAAAGCUGUUGAAGGUCCCAACGCGUCCAAGUCAAAUGAUGCAGGGAAGAGAGGGAAGAAGCCAAAUCGGAUCCUAAUGUCAACGUAUGGUGGUAGGCGUUACUGAAUUUUGAAGGAACCUGAUAACGAAAUCUAUCUGUAUAUUAAGAAAUGUUGUCCUUUAGGAGGAACCGAGAUUUGUUAGUUGUAGGUUUGAGCAUGGUGUUUUGGUACAUUGUUGUGAAGGUUGUAGUAGGUUCAGCUGUUUUGCUUCCUACAUCAUCUUCCUUUUUUAGUUUUUACUCCGUUUCCUCCCAUUCACUGGUGUUGUUUUGUGUGCCGAUUAUUGCAUUAUUUCAUUUUCGUUAUUGUC